GCGCUCUUCAUAAUCCUCCCUACACCGCAGAUGAAGCUUCAGACCAACACAAACCAAUGCAGGUGAACUGAACACAAUGAAACAGCGCUGGAGGAAAAUGACCGGACGCUGGAUGAAGCAUGAGGAAACCUGCUUAUUAUUCUUCUGACACCCAUCUGAGGCUUUUGAGACUCUCAUUAUUGUGUUUCUAUUGUUGUGGGAUGUUGAAGAAUGGCUGGGUUAUUUUAGAUGCAUGAGCUGACACCGCAGACACACACUAUGGCUUUCCCCCAGGGUCUCUAUCAGAUCAGCACAAUAAAGGACACCAAUGAGCCUCUACAGUCUGCUGGGUUUCCUCCAAAUCUGCUGUCUGCCUGCCCGAAUCUAUUAAACACGGCUCUUCCUCUGCUCACGGCUCCAGUCAUGACGGAAACACCGCUCACACUCAUACCUGGAUCCACAAUGAAAAACUCCACUACCCACAAUCCCACAGACUCUUCUUCACAGCCACUUCCUGUGUACGGAACAGGAAGUGGCUCUCUUUCGUUUCGUCUGCUGGGAGUGUCUGAACUUGCUCCAUACACACUGGCUACACUCAUGCCACACCUGCCCAGGUUACCAUCCACUGACCGGGACUGCACACCGCUGACCGACACUAAAAACGCCAGAGAAGGAGAGCAGAGCACCGUACAGCACACACACACCAGUAUUAGUGUUUCGAAAAACUCCUCUACACUAGAGACAGAUGUCUCUGGAUUGAGUCUGUGUUCUUCAUCUCCAUCUCGUCUGUUGGUAAUCUCCAUCCUCGUCCCCAUCUUCAUCAUCCUCAGCGUCUGCAUCUCCGUCACAGUGAAGUUGGUGUGUUUUCCCAGUAAAGCAGUACACGUUUACACCCCUGCUGGAGACUCGCAGAACUGCACCAUCACUCCAUCGCCUGUGUACUCUGUCAGAAAUCCAACCAACAGCACCAUCAUCUUUCCUACAAAUUGCUCCUCAUCGAUGAACACUGGAUCUGCAGGGAUGCGUAUCGUCGGUGGUACGGAAGCUGUGAAGGGUCAGUGGGGUUGGCAGACGAGUCUACACUGGAGAGGCAAACAUGUGUGUGGAGGAGCCAUCAUCAGCCCUCACUGGGUCAUCACCGCCGCACACUGCUUCGUGCAGUAUGACAUGAUGCUGGAGUCAGACUGGGUCGUGGUUGUUGAUACUCUGAGUGUGUCAGAUUCAUCUCUGGGCAAACGCUACAAUACUCUACAAAUACACCCACAUCCACAGUUCUCUGAGGACAACAACGACUACGACCUGUGUCUGCUGCGCACGCAGACUGACAUGGAGAUGACAGAGGCCUCCAGAGACUAUGCAAUGCCACUUUUGCGAUCCAAAACCUGCGACGAGAUGAUCCCGAGGUUUCCAUAA